AGAAGAAGAAAAAAAUAACUUGACAGCAGGCGGGAGGGAAACUUAUGAUGGAACGACUCUUGUAAUGGUGGUCCACUGUCUUGUGCAGCUGUGUGUUAUUGACAAAUUUUUAAACUCUUGCAACGCAAAAUACUUCUGAAAAUCAAGGAAUUAUGCGUCUUCCUAAUGAUCAAACAACAGUUUUUGGACGGAUCCAAGAAGAGUUCUUGCUAUGUGACUUUCUGUUGGAAUAUUUGAAGACUGCUAAUUGAAGCAAGUGAUGGAUCCUACACUCCAGCAGCACUCCCUCCCACAAUUCAAAUCUUUUCCCCAAGAGACUCCAAUCAAGCCUUCUCAUGUCUCUAACCUGAUUCCUCAUCCCCAACCGAGGAGAAUAUUGCCUCUCCAAACACCUGAGGAGAGCUGCAUUACCAAGUUUGGCCCAAACUGGAGUCAAGCAGGAAUAACAUAUCCAUCAGCGCUUGUUCCAAAUAGCUCCACAAACACUGUUUCCCCUGUGAAUUCUUGGAGAAAAGACAGACUUGGACCUGUAAGUCACAUCGAUCCAUCUUGUGGCAAUGUUCUGGGAAGCCCGGUUAGCAGUGUCACUGCAGUGAGGGAAAAUCCAAGUCCUCUGCAAAACACAAUCCCAUCAAGGCCCAGAUGCUUCAGCUCAUCUGAGGUUGUUCCGUCCAGCCUAACAAAGACUCACACCUCAGCUGAAGAGUCUCAGUCUGGGAGGACUUUAAGUAACCCAUUCACAGCACUGCACUCCAGGAAUGACCAGAAUUCUGAAUCUAAGAUCCUGUCUUCUAACCCAGAAAGCAACAGCCAUGUGUCGCCAAGACAAGAACCAAAUACGAGCCAAAAACUUGAACAGACACAUUCGAGCGAAAGCAUAACUCCAGGUUUGGAUUUAAACAGCACAUCUCAUAAGAGGUGCAGAGAAGAGGAGUAUUGCUCUGAGAGCACAAAGAAACCGUGUCUUCUGGGUACCAAACUUGUGAGAACAGAGACUAAUAAACUCACUCCUGGCACCUUGCAAAGAUCCUCACUGGAUCCUCAGACGUCACAGACGAGCUCUUCAGUCUUUGAGUUAUCCCUCAAAACAACAGACACUUUCUUGAGGGCUGAUACAGCAUGCUCAACCUUACCAUCCACACUCAACCCCUCUCGGUUAAACUCCCCGGGUUCAAAGAAACCCCCAGCAGGAGCAAAGCAGGGGUUUAUAACCACGGAGAAUGAUGUAGUGAUGUUAAGAUUGACUUCGACUCCCUGUGAGGAGACUCCAAAAAAGCAAAAUGAGGGAAACCCAAAAAAGGAUAAAUCCCAUUCUGCUGGAGGUUCUCGGGAGUCCAGUAAACCUCAGCACGUUGCUCCAGUAAGCACAAAAUCUGACUUUGGUAUCCCAGUUAAGACGGAGAGCAAAAAAAUAAAUGGCAGCAGAACAGCAGAGCACAGUAAGGCAAGUCGAGUACGAAGACCAUCAGCGGUCCUUGACGAUGUGGAUCAGCUCUUCACCCCUGAUUCCAAUGUUUAUGUAGUCAGGCCUCCAUGUAAGACCCCCAAAUCCAAGAUGGAGGAGCCAACGAUAAAAUCUCCUACCUCAAAGUCAGGUUUCAGCCCUACGUCCAACUGCAUUCCAACCGUUACACCCGCAUCUUGUCCUGUCACACAACCUGCACAUGGAGUGUCUAAAUUGGCCCUCUGUUUGCCAACUGUGGCUCUAGAACGUUUAAAACUGGAAAAAAUAAGUAUUUGUUCUAAAGAUAGCAUCAAAACUAGUCCUCCUGUGAGUACUCCAGGAAAACAACCCAAGAAUGAGAACGUAAAACCUCAGCACAAUAACUCCUCGAAAGCUAAAACCAGUGAGGGUUUUUGUUGCCCAAAGACGGACACAGCAGCCUCUGCACAAAAACCUUCACCCCCACGCUCAAAGUCUCCGUCGCUACAGGACGAGGAAUGCGUUGGGAGUAAGGAGAAAGAGGAAGAGGACGGAUUUAACGAUUUUGAUCUGGACCAUAGCCUCAGCAUUUCAUACCACCUAGAUCUAACCCAGAGCUCCGACAGCAGUGAGGAGGAGCCAAUGAUCUCCCUCCAAGAGAUGAUAGAGAACACAAAGCCUCCAGACACGCCACAGAAAGAGGCCUUCUCAGAGCCCAGCACCCCAGGAUGCCAAAGCUCUCAGUCAAAAACCUGCCUGCUGCCAUCAACCUCAAAGUCAGGAGUGUACAAGAACAACCUGGACCAGAUGUUGAAGGAGAUUAACAUCAGCAAGAAAGCAAAGGAGAAUGAGGCACAGCUUCUAACCGCUUGCCAGGAGAACCUUUUGAGGUUAGCAGAGUAUGAGGAGGAAGAGGACAGCCAAGCGGAGGAUACAACUGAACACAAAGAGUCUCUGUACCACUUCUCCUUGAUGUACACUGUAAUCAGAGAUGUCCCACCAGGGGAGGUAGUUUUCAACUUGGAAAAGUUUGGCCAGAUCUUUAAUCAGGAAACGCUGCAGCUAAGGCAGUGCCACGUCGCUCCACAAGGGACCUCACAGAAAACUCUUCUUUGGUCCAGUCCUGCUCAGCUGCGACUGCACUUAAAUAUUGGCCUGUUUGAGAAAGCUUAUCGUAGCUCACCCUGUCCACCCAAAGUCAACCGCUUCCUUUUCAAGAUGAUGUCAGUCCAUAAUGAAAGGAUUGUGUCGGAUAGGAUCCUUCAAGUCCUUUGUGACAUUGCCUGUUCUGCGGCUUAUCAAAUAGUGAACAACGAUAAUCAGCAAUUUGAGGUGUGGGUCCCCAGUUUGGCCGACGUGACGCUGGUCCUCAUCAACAUGGGUGCUGCAUUUGUAACACUUUUCCCCUUUGAGAGUCUACAGCCAUCGUUCACGGAGGGAGAUCUGCUAGAGGAUGUCUAUGUUAAAAGUGAGAGUCCUUCCAAAAACAAGGAAGAGAUCAUUUUCCCUGAACACAACUGUACAAACAUCUUAAAGUACCUGUCCUACUGCAUGGGCCUGUGCCCUCUUGCCUACAGUGACGAUGAACUGCUGUUGCUGUUAACUGUGGUGGGAAGGAUCAGCCUGGAAACGCAGCGACUCCUCCAGUCAAAUGUAGAAGUGAGCUGUCUACUGUAUGAACUGAUCAACAACAUCAGGGACUGGUCUUCUAUGCUUCCUAGAAUCUGUAAGGCUCUGACCGAUUUGACAGAUGAUCACCACAACAUGUGCCUGCUAGUCCAACUCCUGCCUGACAGUACACGAGGACAAUAUCUCCGCCGCCAUCUAAGCCUCUGCUUUAUCUCGAAGUUGCUGGAUGGAAAUUGCACCUAUUGCCCUAUGGAGGAAGAGCUUCCGCUUGCUGAGUUAAGGCAAUAUCUUCCCAAAAUCCAACCAUCCGCACUUCUCCGAAGUAUACAGCUUAAAGACAAAGAAGAGGACCUGGCCACUCAAGAUCAACAGGCUUACUACCUGUGCUACAGCCUUCUGACUCUCACAAAUGAGGCGUCAAAUUUACAGGUUUUCCGACCUGAUCAGAAGGCACAGCUGCUUGUUUUGUCAUCCAUCCUGGAAACGCACAUUAAAUGUCACAUCAGGGAAAACGAGAAAUGUCUUUAUCGGAGCAAGGUAAAGGACUUGGUAGCCAGGAUCUACACCAAGUGGCAGAUGCUUCUCCAGAAAUCAAGACCUCUGAAUGGUAAGCUGUAUGAUUAUUGGCAGCCUGUGGAAAACUUUAGACACAGUGAAGAGGAUGAAGAUUCGUCGUCUGCAGUUGAAGAUGAAGAAACCUUGAUAAGCGAGGAGAAUGACACUACAAUUUCUGAAAAUGAAGAGGAAGAGAAAGAGGAGGAACAAAUGAGGGUUAAAGAGGACAUGGAAGUAGAUGAAAUUCCAGGUGACAAGGAAGACGAUACAAAGACAAGUGAAGCAGCAGAAGAUGAAAUAACUGGGGACUUAAACCAAACAGCGCCAGUGAUGCAGCCGUCAGCAAUGGAUGAGCAUAUUGAUCCUAAAGAAUGCACAGAAAAUGAGAAUCAGACUGCUGGAAUGGAAGAGAAAUCACCCCCGAUGCCCUCAUGUGAACCUCUGUCACAUGAUGACAUUCUACAAUUUUUCUCUGGAUGUUAAACCCUGUUGCCUUAAAGUUAUUUACGAUUUCACUAAUUGACAUUUUCCACAAACCCUCAGGUUAACUCUAUGCAAAAAUCGAUUGUUAAAUGUUUAUGAAGGGAUUCAAAACUCUUUAAUAAAGCGUUUAAGUCUCUUCAGAGGUCGAAAACCUUGCAUUGUUUUGAUGUGUGUAUUUAAUUUUUAAUGUAUUUCAAACAUUAGCAUUCACAUUCAUACACUGAGACAUUCACAUUAUUUUUUAAAAAGAAGCUAUGCAGAAGUAAAACCUUAAUUGAACCUACCCAUGUCCGUUUAUAUUUAUCUUACACUUAUUUUUUAUUUAAGUAAAAACAUGACACUUUUCCCAAAGUGUAUAUAAUCGUUGCCCGGUUUAUUUUAAAUCAAAACAGCAAAACAAAAUGACAAAUUUUUUGUACGUUUCCUGAACUCUGCACCUCUUGGUCCUUUUCAUAAUUUGUACUUUUUCUCUUGCUCUGGAUCUUUUUUUUUUACUUUAAUUCUGCUGUUGGACUUUUCCAUAAAUCUGAAAUGGCUGUGCUGUUUUCCUCCCACUGCAGUGGUUUAAAUGUUACAUUUUGGGUUGUUGUGUUGUUUUUUUACAAGAAGAUUUUUAUUAAAUUAGAUUAUCUGGA